CGAAGGGACGUCGCGUCGCCGCGCCGGGUCUCUAGCAGCUGCCGCUGAGCCGCCGGACGGACGCCCGCCUUCGCCCGCCAUGGCCGAGAGCGACUGGGACACGGUGACGGUGCUGCGCAAGAAGGGCCCCACGGCCGCCCAGGCCAAGUCCAAGCAGGCUAUCUUAGCGGCACAGAGACGAGGAGAAGAUGUGGAGACUUCCAAGAAAUGGGCUGCUGGCCAGAACAAACAACAUUCUAUCACCAAGAACACAGCCAAGCUGGACCGGGAGACGGAGGAGCUGCACCAUGACAGGGUGACCCUGGAGGUGGGCAAGGUGAUCCAGCAGGGUCGGCAGAGCAAGGGGCUUACGCAGAAGGACCUGGCCACGAAAAUCAAUGAGAAGCCACAGGUGAUCGCGGACUAUGAGAGCGGACGGGCCAUACCCAAUAAUCAGGUGCUGGGCAAGAUCGAGCGGGCCAUCGGCCUCAAGCUCCGGGGAAAGGACAUUGGAAAGCCCAUCGAGAAGGGGCCUAGGGCGAAAUGAACACAAAGCCUCGAAGUCAGUGCGCUCCAGCUGGUCUCGUUCUGCCGGCUCCCCUUGGCUGCCAGCACCGCCGUGGGUCUUCUCACGGCCACGUGGAACAAGGGGUCCAGCUCGUGGGGAACCCUCCCCAGCCCAUUCCUGCUGUCAAACAAACAAAACCUUGCAAAGCG